GGACUAGUACAAAUUUCAUAGCUCUGACAGUGCUCACUGGUCGGCGAUCCUUCGGUAACGAAUGGCGCAGUUUGGCCGGCGCAUUUUGGCAUCUUCCCUCGCGCGAGCUCUCUCUGUUACUUCCUCUUUUUCUGCCACCGCUUCUCGUUCUCGUUUUGCACUGACCUUGCUCGCCUCCAAACAAGCAUUACUGGUUCCAAAUCGAUCCAAAUCUUCGGGGUCGGGUUACUCGCCUCUGAACGACCCGUCGCCGAACUGGAGCAACCGCCCUCCUAAGGAGACGAUUCUUCUCGAUGGCUGCGACUACGAGCACUGGCUUAUUGUCAUGGAGUUUCCCGAGGACCCCAAACCCACUGAGGAGGAAAUGAUCAACGCGUAUGUGAAAACCCUAGCCCAAGUCGUGGGAAGUGAGGAGGAGGCCAAAAAGAAAAUAUACUCUGUUUCUACUGCCACGUAUACUGGUUUCGGUGCCCUGAUUUCCGAAGAGCUUUCUUACAAGGUCAAAGGAUUACCUGGCGUUCUUUGGGUGUUGCCGGAUUCAUAUCUUGAUGUUCCCAACAAAGAUUAUGGAGGUGAUUUAUUUAUUGAUGGGAAAGUAAUCCCUCGGCCACAGUAUAGGUAUAGUGAAAGGCAAACAACAAGGAAUAGGCCUCGGCCAAGAUAUGAUCGGCGCAGGGAAACAAUGCGGGUUGACAGGAGAGAGCCUGCUCAUUUACAGAAUCUGAGCCAACGUCAGGGAGGACCUAUGCAGCAAUCAAGUCCAAUGGAUAGCCAAAACUUAGCUUCAGGUGGAGAAAACCCAGAAAAUGUCAACAAUACCUGAGUAGGCAAUGCUUUUGAAAUUUAUAUACAUGUGAAACAAGUUUGUUAGUCGAGGAAUCCAAGGUUUGAGUUCGCUCACAUUUAUCUAGUGACAAUAUUUGGCAGCGCAUGAUAAAGGAGAAAUUGUAUGUUUUUGGCAUAUUGCGUCAAGGACAAAAUGUGGAAAGAAAGGCUUAUCAGUUUUGUUUUGAUUAUGCAAUUGAGAUAACUGACUAGUAUAAUUCGUAGCAUGAGAACCUUUAUGUGCUUAUCUAGGUUCCACUGUUAUUAAAGAUGUCACCAUAGUCCAUAAUUUUCUUGAGACUCUGGAUUUGUGAUUAUAUUACUAUCAUGACAUUUUCUUUUUAAUUC